UGGCCUGGGGCGGGAUGGGCGCGGAGCCCCAGCGAGUGUUCGCCCCGAUCGCGAGCGCGUAGCAAUCGCUUCCGUCUGUUGUUUGGUCAUGGCGCCGUCAGAGAAGCUGCAAGGCGGCGGGUACCCGGAGCGGGGUCUGGCUCUGUGCUGACCGCGAACCAGUGUCGCGUGGGCCAUGGGGGAGCCCGGCUCCUUGGUUAUGGGGGGCCGCGCCGGUGGCUGGGUCUGGUGCCUGCGGCGGGUGGGCAUGAACGCCGAGCGGCUGCUGCUGGAGGAUGGAAACGAGGUGACCAUAGGGCGAGGAUUUGGUGUCACAUACCAACUGAUAUCAAAACUCUGCCCUCUGAUGAUUUCCCGAAAACACUGUGUUUUGAAGCAGAACACUGACGGCCAGUGGACAAUUAUGGACAACAAGAGCCUGAAUGGUGUUUGGCUCAACAGAGUCCGUCUAGAACCUUUAAAGGUCUAUUCUCUCCAAAAGGGAGACCACAUCCAGCUUGGGAUGCCUCUGGAAAAUAAGGAGAAUGCAGAGUAUGAAUAUGAAGUUAUUGAAGAAGACCAGGAGAGGAAUCCUUAUCUUGCCCCAAAGAGUGACCAGAUGAUGGAAAAAAAUAAGGACUUGAGAACUAAAAGGAAAUUUAUGGAUGAAUUGGAAGGUCCUGGAGCUGAAGGCCCCUCAGAUUUGAAGUCCAUAAUAAGCAAAGUGUCUUGUGAACCUGGUCAACCAGUGAAGUCACAUGGGAAAGGGGAAGUGGCCAGUCAACCCUCUGAACAUUUGGACCCUAAGUUGACUUCUGAGCCAAGUGAGAAGACCACAGGGGCUCACGUGUACUCUGGCCCUGCGAAAGCUGUGGAACUUCAUAAGAAGCAGAAAGCCUCGUACCCUUUAGCAUCUCAGAACAUCUUAGAGCUGUUUAAGGUGAUUAUGUCUCGGAUUCUGAAGCUUAAAGCACAGAUGCAGGAAAAACAGGUAGCUGUUCUGAAGGUGAAAAAGCAGUCCCGAAAAGGGAACUCAAAUAAAAUUGUGAAAAUGGAGCAGGAAUUGCAGGAUUUACAGUCCCUACUUUAUGCAGAGCAGGCCCAGCUGCAGGCCAGAGUGGAGCAGCUAGUGAAGAUUUUCAACAAAGAGCAGCAGUGUCUCCAGGGGUUGGAGAAAGAGCAAGAAGAGGACCUGAAGCAACAGCUGGCCCAGGCUCUGCAGGAGCAUCAGGAUCUGGUGGAAGAGCUAAAUCACAGCAAGAAGAACUUUGAAGCAGCUAUUCAAGCCAAGAACAGAGAACUGGAGCAGAUCAAGGAAGAGAAAGAGAAGGUGCAAGCGCAGAAGGAGGAAAUUUCCAGCCACCUGAAUGAUGUGCUUGAGAAUGAACUCCAGUGUAUCAUUUGCUCAGAAUACUUCAUUGAGACGGUCACCUUGAACUGUGCCCAUAGUUUCUGCUCCUACUGUAUCAAUGAAUGGAUGAAGCGGAAGAUAGAAUGCCCGAUUUGUCGGAAAGACAUCAAGUUUAAAACCCCCUCCCUGGUCCUGGACAGUUGCAUUAGUAAGAUGGUGGAUAACCUGGGUUCAGAAGUUAAAGAUCACCGAAUGGCACUCAUUGGGGAACGAAAAGAAUACCACAGAAUAGCAAAGAGACACUCCUGAAGACCGUGCUCCAAGGGCGUUUAAAAGACAUCCCAGGGAGCCUGGGGUGGCCUGGAAGAUUUGUCUGUGGCCUGGUCCUGGGCCACUGUGAGACAGCGCGUGGGAGAGCCACGUGGGCCGGAAACUGAGUUAGGAAGUCUUCCAUUGUGAGCCUUCCACGUUCGCCAGCCUUGGCGCCAUCAUUGUCCGAAGCACCACCGGUACUCACCACACCGACUACUGCAGUGUACUUACGAGACUCUGCUUCACUACAUGUUGAAUGGGUUACAUAGUUCUGUUUUUAAAGUUUGUUAUUUUUGUUGUUGUUUUGAUACCUCAGAAGCACCUCUGUUGACAUUUGUUUGGGACAGCUUUGAUGUAGUCCUAUGGCUGCCCCUGAAGCUAAAGCAGCCUCUAUUUGAGAGGAUGGCAUUACCUCUUUGUGAAAACAAGAUAUUAUUUCCUGGAAAUACAAUACAAAACCUAUCAGUUGCUCAGCUGGACUUUGGUGUAUUUAUCUUCCUUUCCAGCUUCCAGACAGUCUCACAAGUAAACACUGGCAGCUCAUAAAUUGCAAUCAAGUGACUGUGUCAGAUGGUAGACUCCAGUGAGUGUCAGCCCCAGCAGCCAAGCGCAGGGUCACGGCCACGGUGAUGGGCUCUGUUAAGCCACUGGCUGUGUGUUUCCUUUUUAUUCCAGAGGUGGGUCACUGUUUACCUGGUUCCAGGAUAAGAGUAAGUUACCUUCUUUCAGCUGGAGUUUCAAAGUUGUUUCCAAAUCUAUUUUACCCAGUGUCAGAAAACAUGGGCAAAGAUUUUAUGAGAACGUGUGCUUUUUUAAAAAAAGUAAAAGUCAUCUCUCUUUUCCUGCCUCCUAAACAGAAAGAAAACUAGUUUGAUAUUUAGGAGUUAGAAGCUUAGGAAAAGCAGUGACAAUGAGAGACAAAACAGGAAGUUGAAGAGUAGUCAUUUGAAACGAGCCCUCUAGGAGGACGGUGAACUGUAUUCUGUCAUUCAGUGAUUUGCUUCCAGAUGGAAAAGUAUUUUCCUCUCCCUUUUUACUGCCUACCUGGAGAACCAUUCUUUGUAGUUCUUUGUUUACACACUGUGUGUUUUCAUAAAGGAUUGGAAACUAUUGACUCGCCAAUGUUUUGGGGACGGUAGCUUUUUUCCUUUAUUGAGUAUACUGUGAAAUUGAGGUUCUGGAGUCCCUCGUCUUCAUUUCCGUCUUUCUUCCCAUGAGUACUGAUGGAAAUACUGCUGUGGUCAAGGAAGAAGUAAAUUAAACAUAGAAAACAAUACUUUAAAAAUAUUUAUUGUAACCACAUUGAGAGAAGAAAGAAAAGAUUAUUACCACCUUGAUGUAAUAAAUCUGUUUUUCCUGUA